AUGUCAUCCAUGGAAGUCCUGGGUCAUAUCACGGCCACAGAAGCCCUCAUUGCCACGGCUGUUUUCUGCUUGCUCUUCAUGUAUGUGAAGUCCUUCAAGAAUCAGAUUCCCAAGGGUUUGAAGAAAAUCCCUGGACCCAUAGGAUACCCAAUGAUUGGCAACGCAUUGCAGAUGGGGAAGCAUCCUCACCUGAGCCUGACACGGAUGAGCCAGAAAUAUGGAGACGUGAUGAUGAUCCAUAUUGGCAACACGCCGGUGUUAGUGCUGAGCGGGCUGAGGACCAUUCACCAGGCUUUGGUGAGGCAAGCAACCGAGUUCAUGGGACGUCCCGACCUUUAUAGCUUCCGUUGCAUCACCAAUGGGGAGAGCCUGGGUUUUGGCCGGGACUCCGGCGAAGUGUGGCGCGCCCGGCGUAAAAUGGUCCAGAAUGCCCUCAAGACCUUUGCUACCUCCCCGAGUUCCAAUUCCUCUUCCACAUACCUCGUGGAAGAACAUGUCUCCAAAGAGGCCGACUAUCUGAUCACCAAGUUCGAAGAGCUGAUGCUGGAGAAAGACUCCCUCGAUCCCUAUGAGCACAUCUUGAUCUCCACGGCCAACGUCAUUUGCGCCAUGUGUUUCAGCAAGUGCUACAGCCAUGACGAUGAGGAGCUCCUCGGCAUCGUCAGCAUCAGCGAGAAGUUUGUGGAAGUGGCCACCUCUGGCAACCUGGCCGAUUUCAUUCCGCUGCUUCGAUAUCUUCCAAUGAACAGCAUGAAGAUGUUUCAUGAAUUCAAUCGAAGGUUCUUCACUUUCCUGCUCAAGGGGAUUCAAGAGCACUACGAGAGUUUCAGUAAGGACAGUAUCCGGGACAUCACCGAUUCUCUCAUCGAACAAAGCCAGAAAAUGUUUUCUACCUCAUCUGAAAACCUAGUCAGUCUUCUCAAUGACCUUUUUGGAGCUGCAUUUGACACAGUGUCUACUGCUAUGUCCUGGUGCCUUAUGUACAUUGUCAUUCACCCUGAUGUCCAGAAGAAGAUCCAAGAAGAAAUAGAUGAGGUCAUUGGCAGAGCACGGAAACCCCGGCUAUCGGACCGACCUCUGAUGCCUUAUACCGAAGCUUUCAUUCUGGAAGUGUUCAGACACGCCUCGUUUAACCCCUUCACAAUUCCCCACUGCACAACCAAGGAAACCGUCUUAAAUGGCUACUAUAUCCCAAAGGACACCUGCGUCUUCAUCAACCAGUGGCAAGUCAACCAUGAUGAGUAAGUUGACCCAGAGCCUUGAAGAACCAGUUAUUCUCCAUCCAAAGUUUGGAAGA